UUGAUUAGCCGGUUUAAGUCCGGGAAUAAAAAUAUAUAUGUACAUACAUACGUUUGUUUUUAUCGCUUCAGAGUUUUCAUUGCAAAGAUCGCUUCAAAAUCGCAAAAACUUUAUGAAAAAUUCAAAUUAAUUUAAAAUCAUGGCUACUUUAACGAAUCUUAGUCAUUUUGAGCUAUUUCGAAUUCUCGAUUACAUGAAGUGGAAUUGUGAGAGGCAGAAUAGUCUGGAAUCAGUCCACUUGAUCAAGUAUUUGGAUAUUUUCAACUUCGCUCUCACAUGCAAGAAACUCCGACGCAUCGUUUGGGACUGGUCCAAGGAUAUAUACUAUCAACUCGAGAUUAAUCCACUGCACAAGCAUCUUCACAAAGACAUGAAUGUUUCAUUCAAUAAAAUACAUUCCAUUCUAAAAAGAACCACAAAAAAAGGGAAAGAAAACAUUAACGAUGUUUUCAUUGCUUCCUUAAUGAAGGAGGUGACUCUUAAUUCCAUCGAACUUACUUACAAGCCCCAGGAACAUAUUACGAAUCACGAAGAAAUAUUUGAAAGGUACUUGAAAGCGAUACGAGGCGAAAGGUCACGUAGGCAAUUCUGCGUUUUAAAUCCAAAUGCAGUAAAAAACCUAGGAGACCUAUUGACAAAAUCAGAUAUCGACGAUCAAAGUGGUUACCUUUUUUUUAAUCAUGACCAAUCCAUAAAAGUGAAGGAACUUAUUUUAGAUAUAGCAGAACUUAAUAUGGGAGAAAGAGCCAUUGCCAAGGACAAAAUAAUUCUAGAUUUACAAAAACUUAAAAGACUUCAAGGAAUUAUUAAAGAAAUUAAGGAUUGUAACCUGUGUUGCAGUGAGGACCGAAAGGAAUUUACGAUUCUAAGUCAAGAAAUUAUUCUUAAGAUAAGAAUUAUAACGGAAGUGAAAGACCGUGGAAGAUGGGACAACAUUGAACGUAUAGAAUAUGAACCCCUUGAUUCAAAACAAAAGGCAAAAAUCCGUAGGAUAUUUAUGGAUAUCUCGGAUGGUCUUAUAUUGGAUGAUUUCAUAAAAAACUUUAAGAGCCUAAAGUCAAGCAUUUUCCCUCAGGUCAGGCACAUAAUUAUGGACCUAGCAGAGAAAAACGAUAUAAUGAUUUUGGGACCGAAGAAUGUACCCAAGUUCAAAAAUGUCACCAUAAACAUAUGUGACCGCAGAAUUAGUGAUCUGGGACUCUUUCGACACAUUUCCAAACUAAGUUUAACUGCCUCCUUCGAAAUAGCCGAUCUUAUCGAGUUCUGCAAACAAAAUCAGUCUUUGGUAUCAUUAGAUAUAAAUGUUUCUAGCUUCGCAGAUCACAGAUACUUAUCGGAAAUUGCUGAUCAUUGUCCUCUGUUAAAGCAACUGAAGUUUGUGUUGAACGAUAAUGCCGGAGAAAAGGAAUAUGUCCGCCUGGCCAAUUUAGUUAGGUUGCAGCAGUUGGAAAUCGUCAAGACACCCAGUCAUACUGACGAUAUGGAAAACUACUCUGAUUUGGACUUUGAAGGGCUUACACCGAAGAGACUGCGAAUAGAACCCGAAAACGAAGCCCUCAGUGGCAACAUAAAUAAUACUUUCGAAUCAAACGUGGCUCUGCACGAACUUUUAAAAGCUAUAUUGGCAAAGAAAAGGUCUUUACUCGUCAACUUGGCAUUAAAAUUUGAUGUUGAGGAUGAAAUAGUCCAGACCAUUUCCAAAAUAAAAAGUCUUAGAGUUUUACAGUGCGGUUUAUGCGAUGUUAAUAGCAUAACCCAUCUAAAGGAUAGUCCAGUCCUAGGCCAUUUGAGCCUCUUCAACAAAGGACAUCUGAUUUCCGAAGAUAUUGUACAUUUAUUAAAGAAACAAGUCAACGUCUCAAGCUUGGACGCAAAAAUGAACCUUAGCCAACGCGGCUCUCUUUAUAUUGAAACCAACAAUGCGGCUAUUUAUACAAAUAUUAAUGUGGAGCCCCUUUUAAAAAUUAAAAAUUUAAAUUGCGUUAUAAUGAGUAACGAUCUUUUUAAAUUAAGGGGAUCAUGUUUGGUCAGAUUAUUGGAGCAAGGUGUUUGGUUCAAAACUCGAUCAUGCCAAAUGAAUUUGGACUCUAGCAUAAAGGAAUUAUAUAUUUAUUAUGAUAUAGAUCCGAUUCUAGAAUUUCCACUCCCAGAAGUAAAAAACUUGAAAUCAUUUUUAUUCUUUAAAGCUAGUCCCCCCGAAUCGGUCCUAAAUCAACUUAUAGAGGACCAUGCAAAAACUUUGGAAGAACUUAAUAUAAGUCUUCCUCAGACAUUAUUUGAAUUAGACAAAGAUGUUUGGCUUAAUGAACCAAAAGUAAAGAUGCUAUCAUCAUUCACCAGUCUAAAGUACAUAUCUUGUGGACUUCAAAAAUUAAAAGACAUUCAACAUUUGGCCAAUUUGACGAAUUUGGAAAAGAUCAUCAUCUCGUCCAAGCAUGAUCCCAAAUUUGUGGGCUUUUCCCGAUUUCUGACCCCGGUGCUGCAAAAAUGUAUAAAAUUAAAUUACUUGGAAAUCAAAAUAGUUCCAAAGGGCUUAACACGAAAAUUUUUAAUUAGUCUUCACCGUAUUGUGUUUAAAGAAAGGCAUCAGGAAACUCAAAUUUCAUUGGAAGUGUGUUUAACCCUAAGCGCCAAAACAAACUUAACUGAAAAUCAGGUUGGCAUUAUCAAAAAUUAG